AUGGGCGGGAAAGGCAAAGGCAAGGGCAGCUGGUACAAAGGCAAAGGCUACCACAGAGCAGGCCCUUACUCGUACCAGCACGGCCAUGACCUUGGCGCUACAGUCGGAUGGACCUUCCAAAAUGCGGUCCAAGGGGCCCUGCAGCAAGUGAUGAGCCAAGGCAUCCAGGGAGUGCUUGACCGUGCCCUCCAGACCGGCGGUUCAUCGCCUGCAGCGGUGCCGCAACCUGCUACCUUGCCUGCGAAAGCCGGAGGGAGCCUUGCCUCCUCCAUCUUGCAGGCUAUCACCGGGAAGCAGGCUCCAGUGGAGCAACCGCCAGCUGUUACUGUCGAAGCUACCCAUCCGCAAGGGACAGGUGCAGCCAGUAGUGGCGACAAGGAUGCACUCAUGCUCAAAAUGAUGGAUAUGCUCACACAGCAACAGAAGCAGCACUCCGACCAGAUGAAACUCUUGGUGGAAAAAGUCACGCAUGAAAAUUGGGCGCAUGAGCAGGAAGACGUUCCGGAGCCAGUAGCCGGGCAUCUUGAGGAGGCUGCCGCCUUGGAAGCAGCCAUUGCUGAGAGCCAGGCUCGCUUGCAGGAGAUUCAAGGCAGAACCAAGCCUGCCACCACCGCCUCAGCAAAGGCCAGUCCAAAGGCGGCGUGCUCGGCCGCUAGCAAGCAGACGCUGCUGCAUGAUGCUUUCUUGAGAAGCAGUGGCACGGGACGUAACUGA